CGCUGCUGCUGCCGCCAGCAUCUGGGACCGGCCGAUUCUGCACCUCCGUCCGGCGCUGCCCUUUGAUUCGGAUUUCCAUCUUGCAUUCUCCGGCUGACCGCGAGACCUGGCUCGUGCAGAGGAGGGGGGCCUAUCGCUAUGGAGUAUUUCAUGGUGCCCACUCAGAAGGUGCCCUCUUUGCAACAUUUCAGGAAAACAGAGAAAGAAGUGAUAGGAGGGCUCUGUAGCCUUGCCAACAUUCCACUGACCCCCGAGACCCAACGGGACCAGGAGAGGCGGAUCCGGCGGGAGAUUGCCAACAGCAACGAGCGUAGGCGUAUGCAGAGCAUCAACGCUGGUUUCCAGUCCCUCAAGACCCUCAUUCCCCACACAGAUGGAGAGAAACUCAGCAAGGCAGCCAUUCUCCAGCAGACGGCAGAAUACAUCUUCUCUCUCGAGCAGGAGAAGACUAGACUCCUGCAGCAGAAUACACAGCUCAAGCGCUUCAUCCAGGAGCUGAGUGGCUCAUCCCCCAAGCGGCGUCGGGCAGAAGACAAGGAUGAGGGCAUUGGCUCACCUGACAUCUGGGAGGACGAGAAGGCUGAGGACCUUAGGAGGGAGAUGAUUGAGCUUCGGCAGCAGCUGGACAAGGAGCGCUCUGUGCGGAUGAUGCUGGAGGAGCAGGUGCGCUCCCUUGAGGCCCACAUGUACCCGGAAAAACUCAAGGUGAUUGCACAGCAGGUGCAGCUGCAGCAGCAGCAGGAGCAGGUGCGGCUGCUGCACCAGGAGAAGCUGGAGCGGGAACAGCAGCACCUGCGGACGCAGCUUCUGCCUCCUCCAGCCCCGACCCACCACCCCACAGUGAUCGUGCCUGCACCAGCUCCACCUUCUUCACACCACAUCAAUGUUGUCACCAUGGGUCCCUCCUCAGUCAUCAAUUCUGUUUCUACAUCCCGGCAAAAUCUGGACACCAUUGUGCAGGCAAUCCAGCACAUUGAGGGCACCCAGGACAAGCAGGAGCUGGAGGAGGAACAGAGACGAGCGGUUAUUGUCAAGUCUGUCCGCAGCUGCCCAGAGGCUCACACCUCGGAUACCGCCUCAGACUCGGAGGCCUCGGACAGCGACGCCAUGGACCAGAGCCGGGAGGAGCCUUUGGGGGACGGGGAGCUUCCCUGACCACCCCCCAGCCCUCCUCUCCCUUCUGGGGGUUAGAGGGGGCCGGGGUAACAACAGGGAGAAACAUGGGUGAAUGAGUGAGAAAUUUUUACAAAAUUAUGAUGUCAUUUGGGUCUCUUUUAUGACCUCUUUUUCAAUACUGUAAGUCGACCUUUGAUCGAAGCCACCCAAGCCCAGGUCCCGGGGCUGGGGUGGUAUAGCACGUGUGGGAGCAUCGGGACCCCAGGGCUGGGCCUCGGCCCUGGGGCCGGGGAAGCUGACACUGAGGUGCCGGGCCUCUCUCCGCCAAAAAGCUUUUUUUGUUUGUUUGUUUGUUUUCCUUUCAUUUAAACGUGUUUUUAAGAACAGGGAAAAUCAAACAAAACCCCAAGGUAUUUCCUCCCUCCCCAGAGCCAGCCCGAGACUGACAGUCUUCAGCCCCCUUCCCUUCUCUGUUUGGUUUUCUUUUUUCUCUUUGAAGCACUUACAUGGGUUGGGGGUCAGGCUGGGUUGGGGCUUUCUGGGGACCCGGGGGUCUACAUUGUUUCUCGGUUGGGGAUUGCUGCUGCCAUUGCCCCCUCCCCCCGCCACCUCAGCACCCGAAUUGGCCACUCUCCACUACCACCUUUCCCUCCAGGGUUCCCAUCAUUGACCCCAAAAAUGUCUUUGUCUCUCUUUUUGUUUUGUUCGUUGUUGGUUUUAUUUUGGUUUUGGUUUCUGUAUUUUUUAAAAACUUCUCU